UAUAGCAAUAUGUGAAAUUUAAGUUACGAUAGCCAUCAGCGUCUUUUUUCGCUAACUAGAAAACGUUAUUUAGCUCAGAAAUAAAUGCUGCAGAUGACAUAACGAAACACCUGACAGUCAUACCAUAUUUACAUUUCAGUACUAGCCUACUACAGCGUAAUGUUGCUUCGCGGUUUCACUCUAUUUACUCGUUUAAUAUAGUUCCUAAACAAGAAAAUAAAGCAGCAUUCCUGUGGGAAUCCAUGUUUUUUCCGAAUAAAACAGCGUGAACGCAGUGACGUCUGGAAGUUGGAAAUUUCUCACUUGAAAUGUCCAAGUUCCCAGUUGUCUUCAAUGCUUCAGCCCCACCUGUUGACCAAACUGCGGAGCUGGCGGUCAUAAGUGCGCAGUGAACAGUCAGUAACACAGAUUUCAGCCUAAAAGGGGGGCGUCGCCCACAUCGUUAUCCGUUCGAAUUUUUGAAAAAUAGCAACUUGUUCUUGUCUUUUCGAAAUCAAACAGACGUGACCGCGCUGAGCUCGAUAGCAGUGUCUCGCAAGACAGUGGAAUUUUCGUUGCAACACCUGACCAAUCGCUGAGUGUGAUGGAACUGCUGGCCCCUCCCCUUCCUGGGCAACGCCUGCUCUCAUUUGAUGAAAUAGUGGACAGAGAGCCAGCCUACAUGACCUCCAUUUUGGCAGGUUGUGUGUCAGACUGCCUGGGGAGGUACCCAGCAGAACUGGGCGGGGGGUCCUGGAGGAUGGGAGCAGAUGCAGAGGACGCUGUGGGGGCCUCAGAGCCUGGCCCGGCCCCGGGGCCUGGGGACUCGGGGAAGCUUCCGGAACACCUGCACAGCUCGGAUCUGCCCGGCCCUACAGCAGCCCUGUACUACUGCCCCCUGCUCUGGCCCCACAGGGUUCACCCUGUUGCCCCCCUCAAGCCCCUUCCUGUGCCCCUGCCCUUACUCCCAAACCCCCCUGUCCCGUACUACCCCGCCCUGUCCCCCCAGCUGGCCCUGCCCCUGCCAGGCUACCCCGCUCAGGGCAGAUACAGUGGCUUCGCCCAGUGGCAGUAUUACACCCCCAGACCUCGGUCCAGAGACACCCCCACAUACUGCUCUGUUCUACCUGAAGAGCGUAGGACCUCAGAUCCAAGGGAGAGGUCACAGUUCAGGGAGGGGUCAAAGGUCAGACACAAGGCCACAGGAUGUAGAAGCAGAAGUUUCAGUCAGCUGGACUCUGAAGGGAGGAGGAAGGGUGGGGAGGGCCAGGCUGUGGCAGAGAGAGCCCUGUCUGAGUACAGCCACAUCAUGGAGACCCUGGGGUCAGAGGUCACAGGGAGGUCAGAGGUCGUGGAGGAGGAAAGGGGAAAAUUCACAGAAUACUUGAACCAGCUGUGCCAACAGAAGGAGUUUGUCACACAAGUGUUAGCGUUGAUAGACAUGCGCUGUGUGUGGUCUCUCCUCUCACCGGACACGGACCCACACACCACACACCAGCGUGCAGAGGGCUCGAUGGAGAAACGCACCUGCCCGGGUGCUUCCCUCUCUCCUUUCUCAGACCUGGGUCUCCAGUGUAGAACUCCAACUCCCAAAGUUCACCUGGAGCACCUGCUAAACUGGACUUCUCCUUCACUGGGUUUCCCAUCAAUCACUGGAUUUCAGUUAUACAACCACACUUCACCCCCUUUUAAAGUGCAUGCACACAUGCGUACACACACACACACACACACACACGCACACACUCACGCACUGACACAUUCUCCCACACACACGCACUCUCUCUCACACACACACACACGGACACACACUCAUACUCAUGCACACACACACACUCCCUCUCUCCCAGGACCCAUCCCAGACAGAGAUUGUGUGAAGUAUGGGAAUGUUUGAUUAAACCAUAAUGUGAACAGCACUCGAUCUGCGGUAUCAAAUACUGCUCACUUCCCUGUGAGAGUGAAAGGAACAUCCACAGAGGUCAAAGGUCACAUCACAGAGGAUCCUCCAUCACAGUGAAUAUCUGUACAGGUGUGUGCGAGAGAGAGAGAGAGACUGAUUUCCAUUCUGUACAGUUUCAUUUAUUAUGAGGCCAAACAUUUUCACACAUGUAGAACAAUUAAUAAAAAUUACUUACAAAUAAAACAAAUUAGAAAGAAAAUCUGACGGUCAGACCUUUGUACAAAACUACCAUAAAAUUACACAGCUGAUAAAAUAGAAUAAUUUCAUUUAGUAAACCCUGAGCUGCAUUUUGUCACAAUAUUUUAUACUAACAUACAUACAGUCAUACACAGUGGCAUCCGUACAGACUCAUACUGAGGUAUUUACACAUACAUGCACACACACAAAUAAACACCUAUACAGGGAUGAAAUUCUCAGUCUGCUUUCUUAUUGGAUAAAGCUGUCCCAUUUUUCAAAG